AUGGACGGCUAUGUAUGCACGCCGCGAGACAUGCGGUCCGCGCCGGCCGCAUCCAAAAUGGCGCCGGCCUCCCCAGGGGACAGCAGCAGUGACAGCCUGACGCAGGGCUCACCCAGGGGAGACACUCUGGCGCAUAUUUCAUCCGAGCUGGCCAAGAUCACUGCCAAUAUGCUGUCCAGAGCUGACAAAGCUGAGAUGCUGGCAGAAAUCAGGACUGCAAUCAGGGAGGAAGUCAUGGAG